AUGAAUGAAUCUGGAAGAACACCGCUUCAAUACGCCUCAAUGAGUGGCUACGAGGCAGUAGUAAGGCUUCUUAUCGACAGGGGUGCAGAUAUCAACGCCAUGAAUGAAUAUGGAUGGACACCGCUUCAGCAGGCCUCAGAGAAUGGCCAUGAGGCAGUAGUGAGGCUUCUUAUCGACAGGGGUGCAGAUGUCAAUGGCAGGGAUGAAUGUGAAUAAACACCACUUUAAUGGGCCUCGGGUGCAUUUUGACACACUAGUGCUUCACUACUACAUUGUUGAAACCGCUUAUUCUUUACGUUGAUGAAUAUAUCCUAAUUGAAUAAGUUGCCGAUCUAAGUGAUCUCAACUGGAUGUCUGGCCUAAAAGUCGAAGAACAUAAGAUUUUGGAAUUAUCAACAGUCAGCCCCCCAGGAAGCUUAAAUUUGACCUGACAUAAAUUGGUGUAAAUACCCAUGAAAGGCAGAAAUCUUAAAGCUAUAUU